CCCAGCAGUUGACAUGUAGUUUCUUUCUUAUAACCAGCAACAUAUCCACAUAUACAUUCAACAUCUUCUCUACUACUGUAUUUGCUUUUCUCUCGAGCACACGUACACACAUACAUUUAUACCAAAUAUUUUCCAUUAGACGAAAAUGAAGUCCUUUGUCGCAUUUUUGCUUCUUGUGCUUGCUACCGCUGCCAGCGCGAUCGUUUGGAAUCCUGAAAUUACCACGCCCAAUUCGGGCACCAAAUGGCGCGCAGGAGAAAGUUACACCGUUCAAUGGAAACCUUCCAUCAACGGCGAGAAUAUACCUGAGGGUGUAAAUGGUAUGAUCAAGCUCGGUUACUUGGAAGACGGAUCGAUCAACGAACAUCUUUAUUGGGAUUUGGCUUCUGGCUUCCCACUCAACAAGGGUGCACAAAGCAUUACUUUGCCUGCAGAUUUGGAAACCAAGACAUCAUACAUCGUUGUGCUCAUGGGGGAUUCGGGCAACGCAUCUCCCAAAUUUACCAUCAAAGCUGCCCGCGCUUCGUAAAUAAUAGUUUCGCAGUUUAGCAUCUUUUCAUGUUCAAUUUUUUUUAAAUUGUACCUGUACAUACAGCCGUUUUGGAUAGCAAUAUAAUCACUUGAAAACCUAUCAAAUGAAGCUUAUCAUGCAUCUGGGGUGGUUGUGAAAAAUGACGAUCUCCAAGGCGACUUU